AUGCCCAUCACCACCGAACGAUGUCUGGAAAUGCUCCGCGAGCUUCAUCAGAUGAAAUUACAGCUGGAUUCAUGUUCUGAAAUACUCAAGGAUCUAAACAACAACACAAUGCGAAGUGUGAUGUUAAAACGGAAUGGGAGUGUUCGUGGAAGGAAGAAUCUAGUGAAGAAUGCGUUAAGGAAAAUGGAAGAAGCUUCUGGAAAAAAUUCUGGAGUCGUCGUCUACCUGACGUCGUGUGGAGUGCUCAGAAGAUCCUUUGACAGGUGUAAGGCAGUGACCUCUCUUCUAGAAGCAUUCCGGGUCAAAUUCGAGGUCCGUGACCUCAAUAUCAACCUUUUCCACGUGGCAGAACUGGCUGAAAAGCUGAAAUUGAAUCAGGAUUUUCAAAAAGAACUGAUCUUCGACUCCCUCCCCUUGAUCUAUGUGGACGGAUACUUUUUGGGGAAUGAGAAAACAAUUGUGGAGUUAAACGAUUCAAAAGUGCUAGAGAGAAUACUGGAGAAAUAUAAGACGUCCUCUGCCAACUCCAAGUGUUCAGAAUGUGGGAAUCGUGGAUACGUGGUGUGUAGAAUGUGUCAUGGAAGUCGACGUCAUCAUGUUGCUUCUGAAGCUCGAUUUGGAUUAAUUUUGAGAUGCUCGUUUUGUGAUGAAAAUGGCAUUUCUAGGUGUAGAAAGUGUUUAUAG